AUGCGGCGGGCGGCCGUGUGGACGACGACAGUAUGGGCAUUAAUGGCAGCAGUGGCCGAGGGAUACCAAUCAUCGUACAACUACGUGCCCCAGGGCUCUUCGCCGACCCUGUAUACCCCCGGGUUCGAGCCGAUCAUGCAUCUCGAUCAGAACACCUUCGCCGACACGGUCUUCGUCCAGGACAAGUCGUUCGUCGUCGAGUUCUACGCUGAUUGGUGCGGGCAUUGUCGAGCCUUCGUCCCCUAUUUCCGCGAAUUCGCCAACCAAGUGUUUGGAUGGAACAAGGUGGUUACGGUGGCGGUGAUGAACUGCGCGGACAGCUACAACGUUGACGUCUGCAAGGCGAAUGGCAUCAGCGAGUUCCCCACGCUAAAGUACUUUGCGCGAACGGCCCGCCGACCGAGCGAUGCCGUCCAUAUGGACCCACAGCAUUCCGCCGACGGCAUCAGGGACGCGUUGUUGAGGUCCAUCUCCAACGAGUACGCCUUUAACCGGUACCCCGAUUGGCCAAUGUUCACCCCGCUUCAAGUUGACGGACGCACAACAUACGGCCAACUCUGGCAAGGCAUCCCCGAAUCUGCCGACUACAUGGCCAUCGUCUUCGAAAUCAGCGACGGUGUCGGGGCAAGGUUCCAACUCGACAUGUGGGAGAAGCGAGGGAUCGUCGGCACCCGCCGCGCCCUCUCCAACUCGCCGUUGGUGCAGAUGCUGCGAAUUCGCGAGUUCCCCUCGGUCGCCCUCUUCCGCCGCGACCACCAGCAGGCCAUCUACAUGAGCCGCGUGCACAACGCGUCCUUCGGCGAGAUCGAGGCGGCCAUCAACGCCGACCGGGCCAGCCACCACGUGAUGCCCGUGCAGAAUAUUCAAACGUCGACCUUCCGCCCCAUCACCACCACCCUGGCACCCGUCGUCGAUUGCGCCAGAUUCCCAGACCGAUGCGCCGACAUGUUCUACGUCUCCGAGACGGACAUGCUCAAAUCGAUGCACCAGGCCCUGUAUGACUCGGUGCGUGACGUGCACGGCGGCAUGGUGCAGGGGGACAACUUCACCAAUCUCUACAACUUUGUCGAUCUUCUCGCCAAUCACUUCCCGGUGCUCUCGUUCUCGAAUGAGCUGCGGCGGACGGUGAGGAAGAAGAGGACCUCGUCGACGAUUCUGAAGAACUCGGAGCGUGCCCGCCUCGUCUUCACGCAUAUGAGGGAAUGGCUCGAGGCACGGAAGGGCUAUGGCCAUUUCCCCUCUUCCGAAUGGAUUCGUCAGUUUGAGAUGAUUGAGCGCGUGUACGCCCGACCAUUCCCCACGAAUUCAUCGUGGCAACACUGUGAGGGAUCCUCGGGACGAUACAGGGGCUACACGUGUGGCCUAUGGACAACGUUCCACGCCAUUACCGUCCACACAUACAUUGAUACCAUCAAG